AUGCCAGAACCCUCUAGCGCUCAUAAAAUCCAUGGAGGUGUGCAAGCCCCUCCUCAGGCCGACUGGGUGCCCUUUGAAUGGGAGGAGCCGAAACUAGGCAAGCAGGUCCAUGGCGAGGUCACCAUUGCACGGACCUUUGGCUCGACAGGGAGUCUGUCCUCUGGAUUCUGGAGAACCGGUGCAACAUCCCCAGGCGCCCAGGCAGAUGGUUCGCACAAACUCACCUAUUCGGCUCCUCUGGGCGACGAAACUGCCUGCGUCAUAGACGGUACGGCGGUGCUUACCGUCGUUUCGACCGGCAAGAAGUACAAAGUAGGCCCAGGCAGCAUCAUCAGCUCACCCAAGGGACUGGAGGUCUAUUGGGAGAUAGACGCACCCUUUUUCAAGAAAUACUGGGCCAUCUGGAACGGCACCGAUGCCACCCCUAACCCGCCCACAGACCUCCAGAUCAACCACGUGUCUGACGACCCUGGUGAGUGGAUCGAAUACCACUUCACAGAACCCAAGGAGGGCCCUCAGGUCGCCGGCGAGCUCUAUUUCAUCAAGUCAGGCGGCUCAAGCGGGACAUACUUGUCAGGUGUUUGGCGCUCAGGCAAGGGCAUUGCAGCCACCAAUCUCGAUGACAAAGGCGCCCUGUCGACUCCGUAUACUGGGGUCCUUGGUGAUGAGACAAUUCUCCUUUUGGAAGGAGAAGUCGAAGUCACAGAGACUGAAACCGGGAAGAAGCACAACUUCAGAGCUGGCGAUGCAAUUGGAUUGACCUCUGGCAUGCACAUCACAUGGAUUUCGAAAGGGCCUUUCAGCAAGAAACUAUGGGUCAUCACUCGCGAUACGCUUCCAGAGGCUUGA